CACACACGGACAGUGUAAACAGUGUUGUUGUACUUUGGAGUCAUGUGUGGAAGUGAGGGAAGCAGAUUCAAGAUGGCGACCGCGUGUUUGGCGGCCCUGGUCCUUUCCCAAACACUUGUACUGUACUCCGGCGCCACGGUGGCCAACACAGGCGGCGUCUUUGUCUCACAGCAGACGGCGCACGGCGUGCUGCAACGUCAGCGCAGGUACAACAGCGGCCACCUUGAGGAGGUGCUGGUGGGCAACCUGGAGCGUGAGUGCCGGGAAGAGACGUGCAACCUCGAGGAGGCCAGGGAGGUGUUUGAGAACGAGGAGAAAACUAUGGAAUUCUGGGCGGGAUACGUUGAUGGUGACCAGUGCCAGCCCCCACCUUGCCAGAAUGACGGCGUGUGUCAAGAUGGCGUCAAUUCGUACGUCUGCUGGUGUAAUGAAAACUUUGGCGGCAAAAACUGUGAGUUUGAGCUCAACAAGCAGUGCUCCAUCAACAAUGGGGGGUGCUCACACUUCUGUGUGAUGGAGGCGGAGCGUGCACUGUGCCGCUGUGCACUCGGAUACAGACUUGGAGAUGACUUGAAGACUUGUGAGCCGACAGGAGAAUUCAGCUGCGGUAAGGGUGUCGGCUCCACUCAGACACCGCGCACGUCCAACAGGACGUACACCGCACCCAGCAACUCCAGCAUUGAAGAGGAUGAGAUCAUCCCGGAAGAGUGGCUCAAUUACGACUACAACCUUGACACAAACCAAACACUGGAGGUCAAUGCUUCACUGGGGUCAGAUGUCAAAGGUCGAUCAGUGAGAUCAGCGUCCGGCGAGAGCACACAAGCAUCUCUGGCAUCCUUCUUCCCCACGCUUCCUUCCAUCACGGCACAGAAGAACAGCGACCAGAGGAUCGUGGGAGGACGAGAGGUCAUCGCCGGGGAAGUUCCUUGGCAGGUGGCCCUCAUGUCCCACUCGGACUCGCUCCAGUUAGCAGAAGUGUUCUGUGGUGGUUCUCUGCUCAGUUCCACGUGGGUCAUCACUGCAGCACACUGCGUGGUUCAGGCCAAACAGUCUGGACACAACUUCUUUGUUAGAGCGGGUGAGCACGACGUGCAAGUGGUCGAGGGUCCAGAGCGAGACUACGAGGUGGCCGAGGAGCACGUGCACCCACUUUACAACUUCCAGAAGUCACCGUACAACCAUGACGUGGCUCUGCUGAAGCUGGCCAGCCCUGUGGAGCUGUCUCAGCAGCGCCGGCCCAUCUGCCUCGGACCUAAAGAGUUCACCGAGAACAUUCUACAGGACACCAGCACCUCGCUGGUGAGCGGAUGGGGGGUCCUCAACUCAGGAGGACUUCAGGCCACAAAACUACAGAAGGUGGAGGUUCCCUUUGUGGACCGUACCGAGUGCAAGCAGAGCAGCGGCCAGAAGAUCACACGCUUCAUGUUCUGCGCCGGCUUCCAGAACAAGCGCAAGGACUCGUGCCAGGGGGACAGCGGGGGUCCACACGCCACCAAAUACCAAGACACGUGGUUCCUGACCGGCAUUGUCAGCUGGGGAGAGGGUUGUGCCACAGACGGCAAGUACGGUAUCUACACGCGCCUUUCCCGCUACUAUCGCUGGAUCAGCGGCACCACAGGCAUCAAAUUGCAUGCCUGACCACUUCCUGUUCUUCAUAACCUUCAUCCUGUCCACGCAGUCUGAAAUAUUACAAAGAAUAAACAAACAUGAAGGCAUCUAUCAACGUGUCA